GUCGGCGACGUCAUUUCCGGUCCGCAGACCCCGGAUGAAGCUGCCAUUGGGGCAAGUGAGCAGGGCCACCGAGGCUGGUUGGAUUUUAAUUUCACGGUGUGGUCGGUGCGGCGGGGUUCGGAGCGGAUUGAAGCCCCGCGGGAUUAAUGUCGACAGGGCAGCGCGGAGGGGCAGCGACGGCUACGACGAGCAAACGGUCCGCGCCGAGCCGAGCCGAGACACACCGCCGGCUAACGGCUGCCGCUAACUGGGUUUAACUGCAAGCAAACUACCGCGGAGCAGGGAAACGGCUUGUCCAGCCGUUAGCCUCGGCACACGGCGGAGCUAGUGCACUUUACACGCUGUAGCGACGUGUUGUCAGGGUUGUUCAGUUACACAACACCGGGUGGAUGAAUGAUGUCUGCCGCUAGCAUUGACCCUCAGACAUCGAAAGGACAAGAUGCAAGCAAAGGCUUUCCAGUUUCAGUGCAGAAUGGCUCCCUCCACCAGAAGGAUACGGUUCAUGACAAUGACUUUGAGCCCUAUCUCACCAACCAGUCUAAUCAGAAUAACAGCUAUCAAUCCAUGACCGACCCUUACCUGUCCAGCUACUAUGCCCCCUCCAUUGGAUUUCCUUACCCUCUCAGUGAGGCUCCCUGGUCUACAGGAGGGGACCCACCAAUUCCCUAUUUGACCCCCUAUGCCCCCCUCAACAAUGGAGACCAUCACUUCAUGCACGACACAGUGUUUGGGCAGCCGGGUGGGCUCAGCAGCAGCAGCAUCUAUCCUCACAGGUUUAACUUUUUCCCAGAGAACCCGGCCUUCUCAGCCUGGGGCACCAGCGGUUCUCAGGGCCAGCAGACUCAGAGCUCAGCCUAUGGGGGGAGUUACAGCUACCCACCCAGCUCUCUAGGAGGCACUUUAGUCCCUGAUGGCCAGACAGGUUUCCAUAGUGACACCCUGAGCAAGGCUCCAGGUAUGAACAGCCUAGAGCAGGGCAUGCUGGGCCUAAAAAUAGGUGGAGAUGUGACAGGAAGUGCCUCAGGUGUGAAGAGCGCAGGCUCUCUUGGAGGUGGCAAUGUAGCUGCAGCAGUUGCCACGGGCAACGGCGGCACACCAAUUGGAAUGCCCCCUCCUAAACCUACAUCGUGGGCUGCUAUUGCUAGUAAACCUGCCAAGCUGCAGCAACAAAAGACCAAGAACAAGCCUGGCACGCCCAUAGCUGGAGGAGGUCUGCCUCCACCCCCCAUUAAACACAACAUGGACAUUGAUACAUGGGAUAAUAAAGGAGCUGCUGCUACUAAGAUGGCCCCUCCUUUGCCCUCCCACCACCAUCAGCACCACCACCACCACCAGCAGCACCAGCCCCAGCUUCACUCCCACGCUUCCAGUCUCCUGCCGCCCCUUCAGCAGUCCCUCCAGUCUGCCCAGGCCCUGGUGCAGCAGAUGACCAUGCAGGGUCCUCCUCCACAGUCGUACCACAACCACAGCUCCGCUCCGACACCUCAGACCCGCUGGGUAGCCCCGCGCAAUCGCAACUUGUGCUACGGUGGCGGAAGCCUGGACAGCAGCGGCUCCUCUAACGGCGGCGGGAUCGGGAACGGAGGCGGAGGGGGCGGGGCCUUGCCUCCAGAGCCGGGGUCAGAGUCCCACCCUGUGCUGGAGAAGCUGCGGGCGGCCCACAGCUACAACCCCAAGGAGUUCGACUGGAACCUGAAGAACGGACGCGUGUUCAUCAUCAAGAGCUACUCGGAGGACGACAUCCACCGCUCCAUCAAGUACUCCAUCUGGUGCAGCACGGAGCACGGCAACAAGCGCUUGGACACGGCCUUCAGGGCCAUGAACUCUAAAGGUCCCGUCUACUUGUUGUUCAGCGUCAACGGCAGCGGCCAUUUCUGCGGCGUGGCGGAAAUGCGCUCGCCUGUGGACUACGGCACCAGCGCCGGCGUUUGGGCGCAGGACAAGUGGAAGGGCAAGUUUGACGUGAAGUGGUUGUUUGUGAAGGACGUGCCCAACAGCCAGCUGCGCCACAUCCGCCUGGAGAACAAUGACAACAAGCCCGUCACCAACUCCCGCGACACCCAGGAGGUUCCUCUGGAAAAGGCCAAGCAGGUGCUCAAGAUUAUCGCCCAGUUCAAACACACCACCUCCAUCUUUGAUGACUUUUCCCACUAUGAGAAGAAGCAGGAGGAGGAGGAGGUGGUGAGAAAGAGCUAUGAGCCCGCCCCAAUACAGAGCCGAUCCCGGAUCGAUCAGGAUCGUCAAAAGUAAACGGAAGACAACUAUCGAUGAAAUAAAACCUAUAGAAAUUGAAAACGAUUUUUUUUUUUUCUUUCUUCUUUCUAUUUAAUUAUGUUGACCUUGGCCCACGUGAAACCUUUGACCCACAAUGCUCCUGGCUUCCAUUCUUGACGAUGUAUAAGCGUGCAGGGACGAAGCUAGUUCCACAAGUUGAAUCGCUUCAAUAAUGUAUACUUUCUCGUUUGUUUCUCUUGUAUUUUUUUAGCCUUACAAAUCUCUAUCGCUCCCCCUGAACUUGCAUUCUUGACUAAAUAUAAGUAACAAAUAUCUGCACGUCUGUGUCUGAAACUCUCUUGACAACAUGCUGCUGAUAUUCAGUGACCGUUCACUUCGUGGUCUGUUUGUUGGAGAAAUGUUAAGUGCUUGUAACGGUUAACGAGUGAACAAAACUUUAUUGACAAAUGUCUGCUAUCUGUUUGUGGCCAGUUGUAUUUUAUAUUAUCAGACAGAGAGAAAAAAAUAUACGCCACUUUUUCCUGCACGGGCUGUAGGUUUCUGAAGGUUUCUGUACGCGUAGAAAUGAUCGGGCAAGGUCGGGACGUUAGACGGCGUAAAUGUUGAAAAUGAAAAGAUUUUGAGAAAUGUAACACCUGGCUCAUAAGUGGUUCAGUCUAACACUAAGGUGCAGAAUAUACGGGGUUUUGUCUUUUUUUUUUUACUUUUUACCACUGAAUUCAAGUUGUGUUUUUUCUUUUUCCAGAACUGUACCUCAAAGUCUUUCAGCUAGAGAUUCAGGGUUAGAAUGUCUAGAGAGCAAACACUCGUAAAGGGGGUCCCUCUCUUUUUUAUUGGAAGGAUGGAAUAACAAUACUAAAAUACAAAAUACUGUAGGAGUUCAGUUUUUAUUUUUUUAUUUUUUUAACCACACAAAAUGAGUUUUACUGUCUCAUUUCCCUUCAACAAUGACGUUGAUUUCCCUCCCGGUCAAACAGGAGGUCUCUGUUUAGAAAUGUAGCAUGUACUGCUUUUAAAAACUCAAAUUUGUUUUCCUUUCUGUUUCUUAACUAAAUUAUAAUCUCGGCAUCGUUUUCAUCGCUAUAACCUGUCCACGUCAUCCUCAUGAAAUGUAAGCUUUAAUGUACUGGCAUUUCUAACUCGAGAUCGCCUCAAAAUGUUUAACUGUAGCAUUCUACUUAACUGAUUUAUUGUCAAGUGUAUGAAACCCAGAGACUAGCGGAUAUGGUCAAUGUUUGUGACUUUUUGUUUUUUUUUAAACUUGCUUGCUGUAAUGUGUGUAUGCAAGAGUGAAAGCAAAGAGAGGGAGUGUGUUUGUGGAGCAAUCAGAGUUAUAUUACUGGUAUUGGAUUAUAGAAAGUUUAUGCAAAAAAAAUGUUUUAAAGUCACUCCUUAAUGAAAUAUCCAUUGUAUCAGAGGUCACUAUCACAUUCUUAGAUUUGAUCAUGUUCAUUAUUAAAGAUAUACUUAUCUGUU